AUGCCUCGUCGAUUCAGCAGCAACUCCUCCAACGACACCUCUACAAACCCACCGUCCUUUUCACCUUCGGGAAAGGGCGGUAUCUCCAUCAAGGCCCCCACGGUCAAGUCCAAUCGUCUGUCUCAAUUAUUCUCGGGCUCGCCAAAGUCUAAACCCGAUAUUGUACAGUCUGGGAACCUCCAACCUAACGCUUCUUCUCCGCCGAUAAGUUCGGCCUCACUGUCCUUACCGACGAUCUCUCUAUCAACAGCCACUGCGGAUAAUCAGAACAUGGACGAGAUGUCUACAACUCUCUUCCAACCUCCGUCUCCGGAGGAAGCUCGUCGCUUGGCUAAACAGCAUGCCCAGUUUGGACCGAUCGGUCAUCCCAGCCACCGAUACUCCAGUCGGCACCCUGGUGGUGUCUUCCCGGAGCCGGUGAUGGACGAGCCGCCGUAUUAUUACCUUCUCACCACUUAUAUCAGUUAUUUAAUCUUAAUUGCUUUCGGUCAUGUCCGUGAUUUCUUUGGCAAGCGGUUCCGCGAGGAGAACUACCGCCACCUCAAGCCUCGCAAUGGCUACGGCGCUCUCAACAAUGACUUCGACAACUUCUAUGUGCGUCGUCUGAAGUUGCGUAUCAACGACUGCUUCGAGCGCCCCGUCACCGGUGUUCCUGGCCGAACCAUCACUCUCAUCGAUCGGGCCACGGAUGAUCACAACCAGCACUUCUAUCUGACCGGCACCACUACCGAUACCCUGAAUCUGAGCUCGUACAAUUACCUGGGUUUCGCUCAGUCCGAGGGCCCCUGUGCUGACCUUGCGGAAGAAACCAUCAAGAAGUACGGAAUCACAGCGCCUAGUACCCGGGCGGAGUCUGGCACUCAAGAUCUUCACGUUGAGGUCGAGGAGUUGAUCGCCAGGUUCGUCGGCAAAGAGGAUUCCAUGGUUUUCUCCAUGGGCUUUGGCACCAACGCAACCAUCUUCCCCGCAUUGGUCUCGAAGGGUUGUCUCUUGAUCUCCGAUGAACUGAACCACGCCUCCAUCCGAUUCGGUGCGCGUCUCUCCGGUGCCUCCAUCUCCAUGUUCAAGCACAAUGACAUGAAGGACUUGGAAUUGAGACUUCGCGAAGCUAUCUCUCAAGGACAGCCCCGCACCCACCGCCCCUGGAAGAAGAUCCUGGUCGUGGUCGAGGGUCUCUACUCGAUGGAGGGUUCUAUGUGCAACCUGCCUGGUCUUGUGCAGUUGAAGCGCCGUUACAAGUUCAAUCUGUUUGUCGAUGAGGCCCAUUCCAUUGGUGCCAUUGGUCCUAAGGGGCGCGGUGUUUGUGACUACUUCAGCAUCGACACUUCCGAAGUGGACAUCCUGAUGGGCACCCUUACAAAGUCCUUCGGUGCCAAUGGUGGCUACAUUGCGGCUGAUAAGGUGAUGAUCGAUCAACUCCGUGCCGCCAACCCCGGUGUCUUCUACGGAGAGUCUCCCGCUCCUGCUGUGCUGUCCCAGAUUUCUUCCGCUCUCCGCAUCAUCAACGGUGAGCUCGUUCCCGGUCAGGGCGAAGAGCGAUUGCAGCGUUUGGCUUUCAAUUCUCGAUACCUCCGUCUGGGAUUGAAGCGACUUGGCUUUAUAGUGUACGGCCACGAUGAUUCGCCAAUCAUCCCGGUUCUCCUAUUCAACCCGGCCAAAAUGCCUGCAUUCUCGCACGAGAUGCUCCGACGCAAGAUCUCCGUCGUGGUUGUUGGUUAUCCGGCUACUCCGCUGGUUUCGUCCCGUGCUCGCUUCUGUGUCUCCGCUGCCCACACCAAGGACGACCUUGACCGUGUGUUGACUGCUUGUGAUGAGAUCGGCAACGUCCUCCAGUUGAAGUUCUCCACCGGUAUUGCAGGCGGCGCACUGCCUGCCGCCGAGCAGCCAGCACCUCCCCCCGAGAUGGAGAAGGACUGGCGCCUCAAGCGCUCGGACAAUAUCACUCCUCCCCGCUGGCGCAUUGAAGAUGUGAUCCGCCGCGGAGUCCAGGAUGUCAAGUACCCUUUGUACUAG